AUGAAAAGUGCUAUUGAAAUGAAAGCAAUGCAUACUAGAAUGUUAUCUCCAUCUUUUUAUGUUCUUCCGCUUGGCACUAGUGGUGGUCUUGAAGAAGACAAUCUUUCAUCAUAUCUACUUGCAUCAAUAAAUGAUUACAUUCCAUCAUCAACGUAUAUAGCUCUCGAUUGUGGUACCAUACGUCAUGGAAUCGAGAUGGCGAUCGAACAUAAAUCAUUACCAGAAGAUACAGAUAUCGAUGUAUUCAUUCGAAAUCAAAUAAAAGCUUAUUUAAUAUCACAUGGUCAUCUUGAUCAUGUUUCAGGAUUUCUACUCAAUAAUCCAAAUGAUAAAGCAGAAAAAGUAAUCGUUGGACUCAAUGAAACAAUUCAAAUCAUUCAAGAUCAUUAUUAUAAUAACAAAGCAUGGAUUAAUUUUGGUCCAACAGGUCUAAAAACAUACAAUUAUCAAAUACUUGAUCCUUUCUCAUCUACUUCGGUUCCGAUACCGGGUACGGAUUUCGAUGUACGCAUUUUUCGUCUUUGUCAUAUUUGUCCGUUUCUCAGUUCAGCUUUCUUAAUUUCUCGUCGCACCUAUUCUUCAGAAGCCGUGCUCUAUCUAGGUGAUACGGGUCCUGAUGAUGUCGAGAAAAUGACAUUGCCCAAUAACAGAACGUAUUCACCUGGUUAUCUUAAACAAUUAUGGCAAGCGAUAACUCCAUUGAUCGCUGAACGCAAGCUCAAGGCUAUUUUCAUUGAAGUUUCAUAUCCAAAUGGACGUUCAAGUAAUCAAUUGUUCGGACAUUUGACACCAGAAUGGCUUUUGAAAGAACUUAACGUAUUGAGAAGAUAUCACAAGAUCAACAACGUCAAAAUCAUCAUUACACAUAUUAAACCAGAGAAAAAUGCAAGAAACACGAUUAUCAAAGAACUGAACAGUGCUACUAGUCUUGGUUUUAAUUUUGUUUUUCCAACACAAGGUAGAGGUAUUUGGUUGUAA